AAUCAGCUCCACCAUGUGAUGCAGCUACAUAUGUAUCAUGCUCCAAACAUCGAAAGUGGAACGAAGUACAAAUUGAGUUUCCACUCACCAAUGAUGGUGCAAGCAUCCAGUAUGAGAUCAAAGCGCUUCAGAAAGUACUCUGUAUGUGCACGAAAACGCACCUUGUCCAGUUGUUGUUAUUCCAUCUGCAACUUCUGGAUGCGAGUGAAUCCUUAAAGCAGAUGAGCCGACUGAGAACUGAUAUCCAUGCGGAUGUGCCAAUGACUCGCACCAACUGCGAGAAGCAACGCUGCAACAAAAUAGGAAACUAAGUAACCGUGCCCAAAGGAUAAGUUGAGAGUGAGAAAGUUCUGGGAGGAACAAUCUGCUGUGCACUGAGUGCAAUCACUAAUCUGUUAUCCGUGUUUUCGGAGACCCGUAAUCAUGGACUCCAGCAAGUUUUACGGUGCAUCAUCAUCCGUCCCCACCAGUCCACUCGUGCAGAAAAUCGAAAAAGCCUGGAAAGCUACCGUCGCAAGCAAGAAGAAGACUCCGCCUGGGAAUACGCAGGACGAUGCAUUCGAUCCUUUUCCUCUAACCUUCCCCAAGCAAAACGCCAGUUCAUCCAGUGCACAUCGCGCCUGGCCCUUUGGCAUCGUGGCGCAGAAGAAAAACGCAGCCAGGAGUCGUUUAGCGGGUGCAGACAAGAGCCACAGGGAUCUCCUGGCCAAAAGCGCAGUGUGGGGUUUGUUCUACCAACUACAGCCCGCACUGGACUACGCCAAGGAGAAGAACGCACAGGAGCAGCAUCGGGAGUGGCCUGUGCGCUGCUUCUCCUACGAGCACGAGCAGUUGCGCGAUGGCAAGCGACGCUUUUUAGCCACCACGUACUAUCAUUGCUGGCAUAUUUACUGGCGAACUCCGGAGGAACAACGCAUGCUGUAUGAAGUCAUCCCCGCGGAACUACCCGUCAAACUGUAUUUCGACGUGGAAUUUCCGCGGACUGAGCAGAACAAAGGCAAAAAUGGUGACGCCAUGGUUGACUGUCUGGAAUCGCGGGUGUAUCGCUGUUUGUCCCAUUUAUAUCCUGAAAAAUUUCCCCUGAAUAAUUUGAAUGCGGAAAAUGGUGCCGUGGAGGGAAAGCUACCCAUGCUAAAAUUGGACGCCUCGACGGAUGCAAAAUUCAGUCAGCAUUUAAUAUUUCCUACAGUGGUGUUUCGGGAUGUGAAUCAUGCAGGAUUAUUCGUCAAGUAUUUGUGCAGCAACCGUGCGGAUUAUGAUGCAGCAGCAGAUCUGAGCUAUGAUGAGCUGCUCGUUUGGAAAAAGGAUGGCAGUGCGCAAGGCUCAUGUGUAGACACGGGCGUGUAUAAUAAGAACCGCAAUUUCCGAUUGUUUUUAUCCCAUAAACAAGGCAAAAAUAAUCCUCUGCUGUUUCAACCCACGGCAGCAUUCCAGGACAUUAGCGAACGCGAGAUUUUUAUGGAGUCGUUGAUCUGCAACGUGGAAUCUAACUGCGAUGCACUGGAGUUUCCGGCCCAUUUGCAGCCAGAAAUCGUCCGGAAUUGCCCUGUGACGAAUAAUUUUAUUUCCGCGGAUGGCGAUGCGCGUGCGCCCGUAUCGGGCCCGGGCUCACCGUUCCCGGAGGUGGAUCGUUUCAUCGAAAGCGUGAUCACACGCGACGGUCUGCAGAGCAGCAUUCGGCAGUGUCGGUACCAUCCCGAUACGCAUAGCAUUGUGUACAAUAUACAGGGUCAGUAUCGCUACUGUCAGCGUAUUGGACGCCAUCACGCAUCCAACGGCAUCUUCUUCGUGGCGUAUUUGAAGGAAGGAAUUUAUUAUCAGAAGUGUUUCGAUCCGGAUUGCCGGCACUACCGAUCGCCGAGUUACAGUCUGAAUGUUAAGUUGACAUUUGAGGAAAGUGCUGGAACGGUUGCGGAUAGUUCCGCUGAAAGCAGCCAAAGCGAAAAAGCGAGCGGCGGAUCCGAUAACGGAGUGAGCUUAAUUUAAGUAAUCUCUUUCGCGGCAUCUUCUGAUAUUGGGUUAUUUAACUUAUUUUGCUGCUGUCCGUUGUGUUGUGUACAAUAGGAGCGCGUGUAGUGUGCGUUGUAUUUUCUCGUUGAACGGUUUUUGAUUUUUUGAAAGUUUAAAAUCUGUCUGAAUAUUCGUCUCGAGUUUUACGAAUUCAGUGCUUCAAUUCACCCUCGCAUUGUAUAGCUAUAGUAUUUUACUGUCAUGUAUUACUGUACUUUUUUCGUUUGACAACUACAUCACAGAAUAAAAGGUUAGUUUUAAUGAUUAAA